AGUAAUAGCAUCCCUCCACAACCUCAAGCCACAAAACUUGCGAUUGGCUAAGAUGGCAUUGGCAGCAAUCCCAUCUUCAUCUUCUCCCUCAUAUGCUACCAUAUAUUCACCUCACCCCCUUUCACUUCUUCCCAAAUGCAACUCUCUUCAACUGUUAAAGCAAAUCCAAGCCUUUACUAUCAAAAUCCACCUCCAAUAUGACCUCAACGUUCUCACCAAGCUCAUUAAUUCUUGUGCUCUAAAUCCCACCCCUUCUUCCAUGGACCACGCGCACCAGCUGUUCGAUACAAUUCCCCAACCGGACAUCCUACUCUUUAACAUCAUGGCUCGUGGCUAUUCCCAAUCUAAGACCUCACUCAAAGCCAUUGCUUUGUUUAUUAAAGCUUUAAAUGAUGGUCAUUUCCCUGAUGAUUACACUUUCCCUUCUCUACUUAAAGCUUGUGCCAAUGCUAAAGCCUUUCAAGAAGGUAAACAAUUGCAUGGCCUUGCUAUCAAACUCGGGCUAAAUGAUAAUGUUUAUGUAUUUCCUACAUUAAUAAACAUGUACACCCAGUGUGAUGAUGUGGAUGGAGCUCGACGAGUGUUUGAUAAGAUAGCGGAACCAUGUGUUGUUUCGUAUAACGCAAUCAUAAUGGGUUAUGCUCGAAGUAGCAGGCCUAAUGAGGCAUUGUCAUUGUUCCGUGAAUUGCAGGCUAGGAAACUUGAGCCUACUGAUGUUACCAUGCUUAGUGUUCUAUCAUCUUGUGCUUUGUUGGGAGCAUUAGACUUGGGGAAGUGGAUACAUGAAUAUGUCAAGAAGAAUGGUUUGGAUAAAUAUGUCAAAGUGAACACUGCACUGAUAGAUAUGUAUGCCAAGUGUGGGAGUUUGGAUGAUGCCAUUUCUGUCUUUAAGAGCAUGACUGUAAGAGAUACACAGGCUUGGUCGGCAAUUAUUGUGGCCUACGCAACACAUGGGCAGGCUCAUAAAGCUAUAUUUAUGUUUGAAGAAAUGGGAAAGGCAAGAGUUCAACCUGAUGAAAUUACAUUUUUAGGUCUGUUGUAUGCGUGUAGUCACACUGGAUUAGUAGAGGAAGGUUGUAAAUACUUCUAUAGUAUGAGUGACACAUAUGGGAUUAUUCCUGGCAUCAAGCAUUAUGGUUGUAUGGUGGAUUUGCUAGGCCGAGCAGGACGGUUGGACGAAGCUUAUAAAUUCAUAGAUGAAUUGCCAAUUAAGCCCACACCCAUACUCUGGCGAACCUUGUUAUCUGCUUGUAGCAGCCAUGGCAAUGUAGAAUUAGGGAAGCAGGUGAUUGAACGAAUUUUUGAACUAGAUGACUCUCACGGUGGAGAUUAUGUGAUUUUAUCUAACUUGUAUGCAAGAGCUAAGAAAUGGGAAGAUGUGGAUUCCUUAAGGAAAUUGAUGAUUGAUAGAGGGGUGGUAAAGAUUCCCGGGUGCAGUUCCAUAGAGGUGAACAACAUAGUACAUGAAUUCUUCUCUGGGGAAGGGGUGCACUAUGUUUCUAUUGACUUGCAUCGAGCGCUUGACGAGUUGGUCAAGGAAUUAAAAUUGGUUGGUUAUGUACCCGAUACUUCUCUAGUCUUUCAUGCAGACAUGAAUGAUGAGGAGAAAGAAAUUACUCUUAGAUAUCAUAGUGAGAAAUUAGCACUUGCAUUUGGCUUACUUAACACUCCACCUGGGACAACAAUCCGUGUGGUGAAGAAUCUUCGAGUUUGUGGGGAUUGCCAUUCUGCUGCUAAACUUAUAUCAUCAAUAUUUGAUAGGCAAAUAAUUCUUAGAGAUGUGCAGCGAUUCCAUCAUUUCAAAGAUGGAAAAUGCUCUUGUGGGGAUUAUUGGUAAUAAAUUUCCAAACGAAAAUUCCUCAUUACGAGACUGGGAUAUUUGCAUUGGCCUUAGUCUUGAGUACUUUUCCCUACAACCUGUGGAUGGAUGACCAUUCAUUCAAUAUAAGUUCUCAGAAUUAUUCGAAGUCAAGAAAAGCAAGCAAGGUUGGUUCUAAUUGGUGGUUCCGUAACUUUUCAUCAGGUUUAUCAUUUGUGUAUUUGAACCAUUGAUGUACAGCGGUUGGUAUGGAUCAUUAUUCUUUUAUUUUAUGUUAUAUACUUGUCGUGCAAAGAAACCCAUUUUUGUUUGUAAAGCUUCAUGGAGUCGACCUUGGUUUCAGGAUGUACAUGAGUUUUCUUCCUAGGCUCAGCCUAUUAUGAACCAAAAAAUCUGUCAGUGCAUGAGAGGCAUGUGAUUUCAACCCUUGUCAAAUAUUCAACACUGAUACCAAAUAUGAACAGGGCUUGGCCCUUCUUAUAAGGAUUGUGGUA